AUGUACUGGAGAAAUGCCUGGUGGCAUGAAAAGAUGUUUCCAUCUUGCGAAAACAUCCUUCUCCCUGAGGGGAUGCUCGUAUCGCAUAAUCUUGAAGCGACCGUGCACCACAUAUCGAAAGCCAUAUACAAACAGGUUUGCUACGAAGGAAGAACUCCCAUGAUGGACACAAAUGCUGGGGUUGUGAUAGAUAAGUUUACCCAGCCGCUUCCCAUAGUGUCCCAAUCAUGGCACGAGUUCACUACCGAGAAUCUCAACGGCUCUUUUGCUUAUUCUGUAGUUUCUAUCAUAUAUGCCAUAGCCGUUCUGGCUGUAAUCACAUGGUUUUUAACGAUAUUCGUUCUCACAAACUACACCAUCAAACCCUCAGUGCUUUUGCAGGCUUCGACGUCGCUUUCAUCGGUCUAUAUACUUGUGAUUGUGAUCAAGUCUAUUGUAAUUCUACACCAGCAACAGCGAAAUGGCUAUUUACAUGGUGCGAAAUUGCUAGACCAGAUAAACGGUUCCACUGCUGUCAACGUAUUUGAUUUGAUAGUCGUUCUUUUGCUACAAAUAAAUCAAGUCCAGGUCAUAAUGCGUAUUUUCCUGAGACAGGGAGACAAGAGAAUGACUUUCUUCGUAGGCGUUCUUGCGUCUAUCGCUUCGCAAGUAAUUUGGGGAGUAACAAAAUUCCACAACUUCAGUCCCAAAGACGAAGCCGGUGACAUUUUACCAGCAUUCAUCUAUUUGGUGCGUAUCGCCAUGGGAAUAUGUUAUGCUGCCAUCAUAUCUGUCUUCCUAUUAACCAAGAUCCACUAUAUUCUCGCAAACAAGAAGAUCUGGUUGCUUUCUCUACUCACCUUUAUCUUAAUCUUCAGCCCGGUAGCAUUCUUCAUUGCUGAUGUGUCGAAUGCAUUUGUGUACGAGUUGUCGGAAAUCUUCUCGGUAGUAACCUACGUGAUCUGCGUGGUGAUACCCUGGGAAUGGUGUAAUAAGUUCAACUUGAUAAUGAGAGCAAAGGAGAAAGAGGGAGUGCUAGGACGGCGUUUCUAUGAAGAUGAGCUCUACGAGGUAGACAGAGCCCAAUUGUUCAUUGAAGAGGACGAGGAGGACGAAAACAACGACGAUCAACAUAACGACACAAACAGUAACGACUUAGGUAGCAACAGCAGUAACGCUUUGGGUAAAUCUGCAUCGGCGAGUGCAGGAGGUAAGGAAAAUUAUACAGAUGAGGAGCUAACUAACGCAAAGAAGGUAUUGUUGACUUUGUCCAAGACCAAGAGAGCGUUUUUGACGUUGACAGACGGAAUCAUUGCUGCUGGUUUUGCAAUUCCACGUUCCGUCAGUGUCACCACAGCGUCCACAGACACCCCAAGACCCAGAAACCCCAACUUGGAUGAAUCAACACCCCAUUUCAAUAACCUCAGAUUCAGAGACGCAGAGGAAGCAAAUCCAGCCAGAGAUUAUCAUGAGACAGGUCCUCAGGAGACAGAUCCUCAAGAGACAGAAACAAAUACAGUACCAGCUGGAUCCAGAAACAGAAGAAACGUCUAUGUUUAUUCACGUAAAGAGGUAGUGAUAAACUUCUCCGACGAUGACGACUAG